UUAAUAUCUUCUGGUAAGGAAAGAUCCUGGACUUUACCUUAAGAAACAAACAAAGCAAAUGUGAUAGUAAUUAUGGACAGGGUAGAUUAUAGUGGAAAAAUAAACAUAGGAGACGGGGGAAAUCACACACCUCUUAAUAAUAAAGAUAUUAAAUUAACUCAUGUACACCUUACAAUAACCAGGAUUCAUAACGGCACGUAGUUGAAGGUGAAAAAUGGGGGAGGUGCAGCUGUGGGUAAGACCAGAAGUGAUGGAGCUGGGAGUGCUUCCCAUUCUUCCUCCUGAUAAGAUUUCUAUUGAGAUGCUGUCUCGGUUGCUGCAGUAUUCACAAGAUAUGGGAGAACGAGGUUAUCCUCAGAUGAGCUAUGAAACCUGGAAGCACAUUGCUGUUAAGAAGAUGGGGCUAAGUGUUGAGUGCAGUAUGGUCGUCUUCUUUUCUUGUCUUCUCUUCUCCAAACUACGGCCUGGCCGUGAUCGCAAGCUAGAAGCUUCUCUUGCAUCUGCUGCAUCACAAAAAGACAGAGAUGAGGUCAUGGGGUGUGUGGAAGUUUGGACAAUGGAACUGAUAAUUGUGUUGUAUCUUCAUCGAGUUACCAGUGCUCACCCUCGAGCCAUCGCAAGACAAACCUCUCUUCAUACUCUAACUACUGACCCAUGGCCAAAUAACAAUACUUCUGGGACGGCAGCCAGGAAGCAGUUACUAGAAGAAAAGCACGCUGAAUUUGUACGAGAAGCACUCCCAGAACUUCUCAGUUUAUUAGCUGGUCAUCUUCAAGUUGAAGAUACUGAGAAAAAGAAGAAAUCAAGUGACAAACGUACACCCAGAGAACUCCUAGGAUUUAUGAAAUCUGCUGGUGUUCUCUCUGUGGAUGUUGUAAGAUCUCUUGGGUUUAUUAUUGGUACAUCUGUACAAGGAGAAAAGGGUGAGCAUGACCUCUUGUCAGUGGCAAUGGACACAAAUAAUUGCUAUAGAUCUGGUUAUCUAAGUAAGAAGAAUUCUUUCCAAAAAGGUUUAUUUGAACAGUGGUUAUUAAGAGGGCUGGACUGGGCACCUCACGGGGAAUGGCUGUGUGUACGUCGUGGCAGUAGACAGUCUUGGCCUGUAGUGUCCUUAGCACCCCAAACACAUCAUCGCUUUGUUGCAUCUUCAUCUUCUGGUCAGAGACUAAUGUAUAUAUGUGAGCUGGUGGAUGGUCUGACAGCACACAUGGGCGAUGAUACAGCUCCUUGUGACCUGAAAAUACGAAGAUGCUCGAAAUCUAAUAUCUACAUUCUUCAGCCAAUCAGAAAUGCUGUAAUCCACAAAUGCCAUGAUACUCGAAUAGUGUUGGGCCCAGUGUCAGGGCGUAUCCGUUUAAGUGAAUGUCGGAACACUACACUAGUGUGUGCGGCACGAUCCGUGGUGAUAGCAGAUUGUCGAGGAUUGAUCGUGCAUACCCUUACACCACAGAGACCGAUAUUAGUGGGAGGACGCACACAGGGUGUCACAUUGGCACCACUCAAUAUUCAUUACCCUCGUCUCAAACACCACAUGGCUAAAGCACAACUCCAGUCACAUAUUAAUAUGUGGAACAGGCCAUUACACUUAGGCAGUGAAGGAGUUCUGAGUGGUGCAUGUGAGGUGAUGAAUCCAGAGGACUUCCAGCUACUGGUAAUUCCCUUCACUCAGACUCCUCCAAUAGAUGGCAGGCCUCCUCUUCUGCCUCCUGGGCUUCCUCAUGAGUUUGCAAAGAGUGUGGAAGAAUCAGGGAAGUGCGUUUCCAGCUUCCGAGCUGAAGUGCGAGAUGCAGAUCUUUCUCCAGAACAACGAGCUAUUCUACAAAAAGCUGUUGAUGCAAAGUUUAAGGCUUGGCUGAGAGAUACAGGUAAACAACGCGAAAUAGACCAGUUGGAAAAGUUAGCUCUUACGUUAAAGUAUGAGAGAGUAGCCAAAACUACUGCAAUAUAAAUAUAGGCAUACCUUGCUAAUGUGGCGGCUUAUGUUCCAGACCACUGCCAUAAAGCGAGUAUCGCCUUAAAGUGAAUCACAGCCGUAUACAUAAAAGCAGGUUUACACUAUCAUUUAUUAAGUGCGCAAUAGCACGAGGCUGAAAAAACAAUGCAAAAGUAAAAAAAUAAUAAAAAAUGCUAUAAUACUGUAUUGCUAACCUGAUGUGCACAUCAAUGCUGAAAAUAAUUGAAAAGCACUAUAUUAGUAAAGGGAAGUGCUAUAUUGGCAAGGUAUGCCUGUACCAAUAGAGUUAUGCAAGACUUAAAUUUUUAAUAAAAUGAAUUUAUUGAAAUAUCACAAAGCCUUCUCUGUUUGCAGUAUUUUUAGGUGAUAUUCAAAACUGAAUGGUUUCAUUUUAAAUGCAGAUCAUCUUUCUAAUUUCUUUAUUUUUUAAAUAUUACCAAUAAAUGAAAUACUAGCAUAGUUUUCACUUAAUUUUUGGCUUUUAUUUUAUGAAUUCACAUUAAAACUGUUUAACAGAUAAAUAAAUGUUUGCUGUAUUUUAUGGUUUCAUCAUAUGGUGAUAAAAAGGCACAAUUACUAUUACUGGUUCAUAUGAUUUAGAUACCUAGGUGAAAUGUCUUGCAUGUUAAUAAAUGAUGAUUUACU